AUGUCUGCUCAAGUCGAAAACACCAAUCACAAUGGCGCUACUUCUGGUGUCAAGAACUUUCUCAAGUCUGCUUUCAAAAAGGACUCCACUGAGGUUUGCACUGAAACCGCCCCAGAAGUAGUGCAAGAACACGUCCGACCUGUCGAGCACGUAGAAACUGCCGAGGCCGUGGACCGAGAGAGGCAUAUUCACCACCACCAGCACCGUAUCCAACCCAUCGUCGACAAACAAGAGCUCGACGCUCAACAUGUCCACACAACAGCCCCCGCCGUCGUUCGUGAACACAAAGAAGAAAUGCUCCCUGAACAUCAAUCCAAGUUGCACGAACAACGCACGAUGCAUCAGAACGUGCAGACUACUGGCGAAGUCGAACGCAGCGCCGCUCAUCUUGGUACUCAUGUGAACCAACAUGAACAUCACCACAUCCAUGAGACAAUCCAACCUGUCAUUCAGCGCGAGACAAUUCAGCCUACUCACGUACAUCACACCAUCCCCGUUUCGGAGAAGAUACACGAGGCUCCAAUCGUUCACGAAGCUACCACUUUGCCCGCGAUCACCCUAGACCAGUUUUCGAAACACAAGGAUCACCACCCUGAGAGCCAUCAAGACUCUUCUCACACUCAUCAGUUCUACGAGGGCUCCCCCCGCGUCGGCGGACAGACCGAGACCCGUUGA